UCUAUUCCCUUCGUCGAGGUGAGGUCUAAUUCCUCGCUUUUGGAUGCUUGUAUCGAUUUCGGAGCAUGUCUUUGUUUGCCAUCUUUAGUUGUUUUACUUUUAAGCUUUAAUCACAAUGGGGAAAGAGAAGGUUCAUAUCAGCAUUGUGGUCAUCGGUCAUGUCGACUCUGGCAAGUCAACUACCACUGGACAUCUUAUUUACAAGCUUGGUGGCAUUGAUAAGCGUGUGAUUGAGAGGUUCGAAAAGGAGGCUGCUGAGAUGAACAAGAGGUCAUUCAAGUAUGCCUGGGUCCUUGAUAAGCUUAAGGCUGAGCGCGAAAGAGGGAUUACUAUCGAUAUUGCUCUUUGGAAGUUUGAGACAACCAAGUAUUACUGCACAGUCAUUGAUGCUCCUGGACACCGUGAUUUCAUCAAGAAUAUGAUCACUGGAACCUCCCAGGCAGAUUGUGCUGUUCUUAUCAUUGACUCAACAACUGGUGGUUUUGAAGCUGGUAUUUCAAAGGAUGGUCAGACUCGUGAGCAUGCCUUACUUGCUUUUACACUUGGAGUUAAACAGAUGAUUUGCUGUUGCAACAAGAUGGAUGCAACCACCCCCAAGUAUUCCAAGUCAAGGUACGAUGAAAUAGUGAAGGAGGUUUCUUCCUACCUCAAAAAGGUUGGCUACAACCCCGAGAAGAUCCCUUUUGUCCCCAUCUCUGGAUUUGAGGGUGACAACAUGAUUGAGAGGUCUACCAACUUGGACUGGUACAAGGGCCCCACCCUCCUUGAGGCUCUCGACUUGAUCAAUGAACCGAAGAGGCCCACAGAUAAACCCCUUCGGCUCCCUCUCCAGGAUGUGUAUAAAAUUGGUGGGAUUGGAACUGUUCCAGUUGGACGAGUUGAGACAGGUGUCCUCAAGCCUGGUAUGGUCGUUACAUUUGGUCCAACUGGGUUGACGACUGAAGUCAAGUCGGUUGAGAUGCACCAUGAAGCUCUCCAGGAAGCUCUCCCUGGCGAUAAUGUUGGGUUUAAUGUGAAGAAUGUCGCAGUUAAGGAUCUUAAGAGAGGUUUUGUUGCAUCCAACUCGAAGGAUGAUCCUGCAAAGGAGGCUGCUAACUUCACUUCUCAGGUGAUCAUCAUGAACCACCCAGGCCAGAUUGGCAAUGGCUAUGCCCCCGUCUUGGACUGCCACACCUCUCACAUCGCAGUCAAGUUUUCUGAAAUUCUCACCAAGAUUGAUAGACGAUCUGGCAAGGAGCUUGAGAAAGAGCCCAAAUUCCUUAAGAAUGGUGAUGCUGGCUUUGUUAAGAUGACCCCUACCAAGCCCAUGGUGGUCGAAACUUUCGCUGAGUACCCUCCACUUGGUAGAUUUGCUGUGAGGGACAUGCGGCAGACGGUUGCUGUCGGUGUCAUCAAGAAUGUUGAGAAGAAGGAGCCAACCGGUGCCAAGGUUACCAAGGCUGCAGCCAAGAAGAAGUGAAAUGGUUAAUGAUGGUCAAGUUUGGUUCAGGUUUUUCUUUGCUUUGCUUUGCUUUAGGUCUUGUUUAUCACCUAAAACUUUUUGAUAGCAACUAAUGUGGUUAAAUUGCAAAUCAUAAAUGCUUGUUUAUCUACUUUCAGAUGUUUUAAAUUUGAACAUUUUGGUCCAAGUAAAUGCUGUCAUUUAGUUCUAUUUA